AUGGUCCUGGCGCUGUCAGAUUCCAGAUCUAGACAUAAGCAUAAUCUAGAAAGGGAACGCUCACGCAACGCUCAAGAACUAAUGCGAGUGGAGCGCGCCCAUAACAAGAUCAUCACCCAGCUUAUGAAGGAAAUGGCUUCCGAACUAGGCCAUGCCAGGACAGAUAUAAAAAAUACCCUCCAGGAAUCCAAGGCGAUACGGGGUUGGUUGAACUUUGAAACCCAAGAGCCCUUCCGCAAAACGAGUGACCUACUCAAAGCUGUGACGGACUUAGACAAGCGCAUAGGUGUGAUCCAGUCGAACUUGAGUCAGCAGAAGCAAGAAGGUGCAGACAACAUCUUAUCUCACCUAAGAGUGGACCUUACUGGAGUAAAAUCUAGUGUGGAAACACUCAAACUUCAAUUGGACGAAAUGCGCAGAGUCAUCGAAAAGUCCGAAAACAACACCAAGAAGGUUCUGGAGACCGGCCAAAAAACUCUGCUACGCCUGGAGUCACCACCAUCCCACCCCUCAGAGGAAAUAAGUAAAACGUUGGAACAUGAGCUGAAUGGAAUGAAGAGUUCGCUGAAGGAGAUAGAUACAAGUAUCAGAUCUGGACUUUCAAUCUUACCUUCAGCGGACUCCAGUAAAAUAUUCCAAACCAGCAUAAGGGAACAUCUUCAACCAAUAGAAGAACACUUAGUUGCAAUGUCAUCCGAGCUGAGGACGAUGAGAGAGCAGAAGCAACGGGCCCCAUCACCUACAGCCCCAAGUCUAGCAACAGAGCUUGCACAAACUGGCGAAGCAGCAACAAAGCCAAAAAAGACAUACGCCAGAGUGGCUGCAAGCCCUCCCCUUCCUAAACCCAAUCACACUCUCAUUAUCACAUCAACUGAUUCGAAAAACACAGCCGAAAACAUCAUCGAGAGAAUCAGGGAGGCUCUAGACACAAAAAAAGACUGGAGCCAAAGUAGAUAG